UUCAAAUUAAGCACCAUUUGUGUCUUGUAGGGUUGAACGUAGUGCCGCCUAAAACCUAAGUUGAUAUAUGUUGCUUUCUAAAACUAGCAAGUAUGAAUGACUAACCAGUUUGGUUAUAAACACAGCUGUAAAAGGACGGAUUCAACAGCCUCAUUUAUUGGUGGUUAAAGUAAACGUUAAAAAUGAAUAAUUCCAUAUAAAGGUAUUUACCUCUGGAAGAAUUAUCAAGAGCAGUUUUAAAAAUCAGUAGUGAUGGGAAAUCAUAAUAAUUGAUUUCGCUUUGUAUAAAACGUGGCCAGCGUGUGCAACUAAUAAUUGCCUGAACUGUUAGUGGUAUAAUCUAAACAUUCCAUGAAUUUAUUAUCUCAACUGAUUAUUUUUAAAAUACAAAUGGCAUGAAAUGUGUCAACUGGUAAAAUACCUAUUAUGUUAUUUGAAGUUCUUCAGUGUGAAAACAUGGUUCUGCAUAUUGCAAAGAUGUCUUACAUAAGCGACUUUGAUAUCCUUUUGUAGUGAAAAUUGUCAUUCGAUUUUUUUUGAGAUGAUGUCUAGUAGUUUGGCACUUGUAAACUAACUGCAAUUGCCGAAUAUAUCCUACUGAUUCCCAGUUACAUAAAUUCUGGUGCAGUUACUCAUGUUGUCUCAUGUCUUAACGAAGCUAAUAAGGUGUAUGAUCAAUAUCUGCCGCCGCACGUGCCGUGUAAUAACAGAGGCUUAAAAAAUGCCAGUACUAUAAACAAACAAGCGGAUUACAUCACCCGUAGCAACUUGUUCGUACAGAAGUAAUGCAAAUAUCAAUAAUAAUAAUGUUAUGCGAUGGUCAAGCUGCGUCUGCAAAUAUACACCUACUACCUACUAGCAAUUAUUAAAAAAGAUCACUUUUGCGAUGGAUUCUUCACCUUUGUUUCCAAAUAAUGCGGAGACAAAAACAGGGAACAGUAAAUAGUACAUUGGAUACAAUUAAUAAGAUGGCAAUGUGUGACCAAUUUAAACCAAUUCUACAUAUAAAAGACAUGGUAAAGGACCAGCCUCUUCCAGUAAUCAACAUCUAUCGUAGCAAAACAAGACACGGUAAAUGUGUAGUGGUGGAAACCGAAAACAAUACAAUCUACUUGCCGAAACGAAUGUACGAGUGCCUCACAGAAGAACGCAUAGAAUAUAUGAAGCAUUCCCAGCUAACUAUUACAUACAAGGGAAGUAAAGACGUCGGCAAAGGUAAAGAAGCGGGGCUUUUUUCCUUUGAAAAGGCUUAAUAAUUUUUUGUUUUUUUGUAAAAUAUAUUUUACUACUUAUUUGUUUAAUAUCUUAAUAAAAAACUGUGUAAUGGAGCAUAAAGAGUUUUUUUUUUAACUUAUUUGAACAAAGCCAGCAUCAAUUUGAAAAUGCAAAAUCCAGAUUCGAAUUGGAACAACUUCGAAAUCAAAAUAAAAAAAAUAUUCGAUUAUUAAUGCAAAAGAUUAAAGCUUGUCAUAACGAAAAUUCUCAUAUAAGCCUAAAAAGAGCAUUGGAAAAUAUACUGUGUAAAUUUAAAUCUCUAAAUCUAAAAUUAAUGUUAAAAAUACUAAGUAACGCGCCUGUGUCUUUGCUUCCCACCGUUGACAAUAAAAGAAAAACGAGAACGAAAGAACAAGCAGGUUGUUCAUAUAAUACCCCGGAAAAUAGGAAUAGAUCAAGUUCUAGAAGCAGUAGAAUUCGAUGGAAUGAGAUUUCCUCCGCUUUUAAAUCUCGCAUUCGUACAGGAGUUAUAACAAACUUAACACACAAAGAACCGAAAGUUUUCUUAGAGGACUGCUUCGAAUUUAUUUCAUCUCGAAUGAAAAAUAUACUGAAAACAAUGAUAAAUGUGAAGAUAAAUUUAGAACUGUGCUGUAUUUUUAUCCAGCCGACUAAAGAAGAGACCUUUCCAAAAUAUUUCGCCACUCCAAAUGUAACAGUUUCUAGAUUUGAUAAUAUUCCUCAAAAUUUAACUCUACUAUUAGAAAAGAUCUUGAAAAAAAUUGAAGAUUAUCAGGAAAGCGGAAGUGGAUUGGCCUUGUACAGUAUCGAACAUUUACUCGUUUGCAUCAGUAAAUAUUCCCCGAUAGGAGGAGGCGGCGGUGGUGGUGGUUCCCGAAACUCAUUCCUCGAGUUGCCGGACCAAGUGCCAUGGAAAAAAAACGUAUUAAACAUUCGGAACGAUGAUCGAAGGUGCUUUGUUUGGUGCCUAAUGGCUCAUCUGUUCCCGGCUACGAACAAACCUGAAUUAGUGAGUUCUUAUCCUCAAGAGUUGCAUUCAUUUUUUAAUUUACAAGGAAUAGAUAUGCCUGUGAAAAUUGCAAACAUUCCGAAAUUUGAACGUCAAAAUCCUCAAUUUUCCAUAAACGUAUUUUGCCUCGAUAGUAAAACCAAUGAAAUUGGUGGUCCUAUCUAUCACACUAAAUGUGUUAAAGAACAUCACGUCAAUUUACUAUACUUGCAAAAGAAAAGCAAAGCGCAUUAUUGUUUAAUUCUAAAUUUAUCAACCUUAGUUAAUAAGCAAAAAAAUAAAAGUCAUCAUCGUAUAAAAGUGUGCGAUCGAUGUUUAAAUUACUUUUAUAGUAUAGAAAAGUAUGAGCUCCAUCAGCAGGAUUGUAAACUUUUUGACUCUGUUCGUGUUAUUGUUCCAGAUAAAUCGAAAGCAGUAUUAAAAUUUAAAAAUUAUCGAGCAAUGUUGCGUAAACCGUUUGUAAUAUAUUGCGACUUUGAAUGCUUUACUAUGCCGAUAUCGCAUACUAAGCCAAAUCCGCUUUCAUCGUACGCUUAUAAUUAUCAACAACAUGUAGCAUACAGCGUUGGCUAUUAUACCGUAUGCUCCUUUAAUGCUGUCUAUAACAAAUUCGAUCUUUUCCGCGGAGCAAAUCCUGCUGGUUGGUUUGUAUCGCAAUUGAAAGCAGAGAGUCAAAGAAUUUAUAACAUUCUGUCUUCGGAAAGUUCUCAUUCUCUCAUUCCCCUCAACGAAGAGGAAUUAGAACAACAUAAAUUAACAAACGAAUGUCCUAAUUGUUCUCUUUCAUUUUCGAAUACGAAUCCAAAGGUAAAGCAUCAUUGCCACUAUACCGGAAAAUAUAUCGCAAGUAUUUGUAAUAAUUGUAAUUUGCAGAUAAAAAAAAAUUUUGAAGUAAAAGUGGUUUUCCAUAAUUUAAAUUAUGACUUGCACUGUUUUUUUCAAGAACUGGCUGCACAGGCGAACGUUAAACUUAUUCCUUCCACUGCUGAAAAAUAUAUAUCGUUAUCAGUUUAUUUUGGAUUUGUAUGUUUGGUGUUCAUCGACUCUUUUCGUUUCUUACCCGAUAGUUUAGACAAUUUAGUAAAAAUAUUAUAACACGAUAAACUAACACAUACUUCUCAAUUCUUUCCUAUUAUCGAACAGUUUGAUCUAGUCAAGAGAAAAGGCGUGUUUUGUUAUGAUUAUGUCAAUUCGUGGGCAUCGUUAGAAAGUACCAGUUUACCUCCUAUUGAGGACUUCUACAGUAAAUUAAAAGACGAAAAUGUUUCUAACGAAGAUUAUGCGCAUGCAUUAAAGGUAUGGGAUUUGUUUAACUGUAGAAAUUUGGGCGAAUAUUCUGAUCUAUAUUUGAAAACGGACAUUUUGCUGACCUAUUAUGGUUUAGAUGCUGCCGAAUUUUUAACAACACCCAGUCUCGCUUAUUCAAGCGCUCUUAAAACAACUAAAGCACGCAUAGAUUUACUUACAGACAUUGAGAUGAUAUUAUUUUUUGAAAGGCAAUAAGAGGCCGCAUAACUCAUUCCGUACAUAGGUAUGUUAAAUGUAAUAAUCUCGAAUUUCCUGACACAUUUGAUUCAAGCGAAAAAGU